UGGUCUUCUCGCAGACCAGUCUGACAUAGAUGUUGUGGCAGUGUUGGGAGACAGUUAGAUGGGACCCGUGGUAGACGGAGUAGUGGUGGGAGGCUGGCUCCAGGACUAUACUCCACUGUGGCCACGUCUCCAGGACCAGGUAGAGGGCCAGGAAGAACACUGCCACACCAAACACAACAUACUCCUGCACAAUAAUGACAAAGAGGAACGAUGCAAUGGCCACUGCGAGGUAAAGGUAGAACCAAGAGUGUCGAGAUGUGUAGACAAACACUGCAGAACAGGAGAAGUCAGUGAUCAGUGUGUGAUCAAAGCAUGGUGGCUACCUUUAUUUUCGUCUUCUCCUUCGCUGGAGGCAAGGUGGAAGGGAUGGUAGGGAUUUGCCUGCAACUGGCGUUCUAAAACAGCCUCGGGCGCUUGAAAAAUGCCCAAGGCAGACAGAAGACCCAUCACACGAUUGGAUAAGCACCGACGUGUGUGGAGAGUUGCGGGGAGCCCUGUGCGCCCGCCCGGCUGAUCGUUGCCGUGGUUACCAAAUAACACAAAAAACGGCGGAUUCUUCUUUCACUGUCGGUCGAAGUAAAGCAGGAGCCUUUCCAGAAUGUCGUACAGAGAUCUGAGAAAUUUCACGGAGAUGAUGCGAGCGCUGGGCUAUCCCAGGCUGAUUUCCAUGGAGAAUUUCCGAACUCCGAAUUUCCAGCUGGUUGCAGAGAUACUCGCCUGGCUGGUCAAUAGGUAUGAUCCAUCUGCUGACCUACCCACUGAAGUGGACACUGAACAAGACAGAGUGAUCUUUAUAAAGUCCAUCGCACAGUUUAUGGCAACAAAGGCGCAUGUGAAACUGAACACGAAGAAGCUGUACAUGGCUGACGGUCAUGCAGUGAAGGAACUGCUCAAGAUAUCUAGUCUCCUUUAUACUGCCAUGACCACUCAUCAGAAGUCCGGAUUGUCUGAGGACACAAGUACACAGAAGAACAUGGAGUUAUCUGUAAAGUCUACUGAUCUGAAGGCGUGCAGACAGUUAGCCUCUGAGAUCACGGCCCGAGGAGCCAAGCUGCACGAGCUCCUGGGCAGGGAAGUAGAGUUGAGGGACUUGCGACGGACGGCUCUGUCACAGACGGUGGACAUUGAGGAGCUAGAGAGAGGAAUAGCCUCCAGUAUAUCUGCUGUCAAGACAGAGAUAGAGCGUGUACAGCAGAUGCUGGGUAAUCUGGGAGGCGACGAGGCGAGUCUGGAGGUGAAGAUUGAAAAUAAACGACAGGAGCUCGAACGUAACCAGAAACGGCUGCGCAGUUUAGCCAACGUCAGACCAGCAUACAUGGAUGAGUAUGAGAGAGUAGAGGUGGACCUACAGAAGCAGUAUUCGGUCUACGUUGAGAAACACUGCCACCUGUCCUACCUCGAGCAUCAACUGGACCUGGUAAACGAGGCCGAACACCAUGAGCACGAGGUAUGUACUUACUUACACUGACUGUAUGCGGCAGACUAUUUAGAGAGAGAUUAGCUCUUUUGAAAAUGCCGGAAAAUUGGAUUCCAUGCGUAUCAACAAAUUAACAAGUUGCAAAGAAAAUGCUUCCAGUUGUCAUUAUAUAGGAGCACCUUGAAUUUCUCAAUUGCUUAUCAGGCAGGUGAUAGAAAUCUCAUAUAUAUAGGUUUUGAUGUAUGUUCGACGACUGACUAUUGCUUGUUCGAAAAACAAUUAAGCAGUUUUUGCCCCAACAAAUACUGUAUAUACAUAAUUUCCUAUGCUGGGGAUCCCACGUGAUACAGUGGACCCCCUCUCUAAUGACACCCCUGUAAUUAGGACACCCCUCUAAUAAGCACCCCUUAAAAACCACCGGAAAAAGGACACCUCACUAUUGUGCACAGUGUCUUUGGUGUCAGGAUUAACUAGCUAGGGCACCCCUCUAAUAAGACCCUCUUUCUCUCCUUAAAAACCACUGAAAUAAGGUUACCUCACUCUUCUAGACAGCUUGUUUUGUGUCAGGAUUAAAGGGCACACCUCUACUAA